CAAUUUUGAAUUUCAAAUAAUUUCAUAAUAUAUAUUUAUAUAUUUUAUUAUGAAUUAAUAUAAAUACUUUGAGGUGAUAUCUGUGUGAAUAUAUAAUGAGACAUAUCUUGUUAACAGGACCUCCAGGUAUUGGCAAAACAAGUUUGGUGAAAAAAAUUAUAGAGAACAUGAAAAUGUCGCAAAUUGAAUGUGAUGGAUUUUAUACAGAAGAAGUCAGAAAUAAUAAUACCAGAAUAGGGUUCGAUAUUAUUUCAUUAGAUGGAAAUAAGAGAGCAGUUCUAGCAAGAAAAUUACAAGGUCGAAACCAUCAGCAGGAUCCAAACAUGCCGUCUGUAGGCCAAUAUUCAGUAUAUUUGGAUAAUUUUGAGAAAUUGGCAUUACCAGUUUUCAAACAGCCGAAAUCGCUAUUGAUUAUUGAUGAAAUAGGCAAAAUGGAAUUAUUCAGCAGGAAAUUUGAAGGUCAUAUUAGAAAAGUUAUUAUCGAUAAAAAUAUCAGAAUAAUUGCUACAGUUCCUUUGAUAGGUGGUCCAGCAUUAGUUAAACAACUGAAAGAUGAUCCAAACUGUGAUGUAAUAUUGGUGAACGAAACUAACAGAGACAAGUUGGUAGCAGAAAUUAUUGGUAUGUUGGAAACCAAUAAAUAGGUAGAAUGGGUUCAAUAAACUUGGAUUCUUCUCAUUACAAUGUAGUUGAGGAAUAUGAAAUAUUUAUUGUUUUCGAUUAUUACAAUUAUCUGACCAUUAUACUAGAUCUGAAAAUAAAUUAUUGAAAUAAAUGUCGAUAUUGU